GUGCGGGACUGGCAGCCUGGACUGAGUGCAGUUUUGGACUUUUUUUUUGACUGAUUUGAUUGCCUGGAUUGGAGCGGGUUUUGGACUUUCUGCCGUCCAGAAAGCGCCUCGGCAUGUCAGCACACUUUCCCGACGGACUUUUCCAGAGUUCAUAGCGGCAGUGGUGACGUAUGCGGCUGUCCUGCAGAAUGUAAACAAAAAAUCGAACUCAGCGCGGGUGUUGCAGCAGCAGGAGGAAAAGUUUACCUGCUUUGAAGCCGCUGAUUCCAGAUGUGUUCAGGCUUUGGGGUUGGACCUCAGAAUCCAUUUUGACUCUACAGAGCAGGAAGGACUGACUGAAGCCCACAAGAUGAGUGUUUGUGAGGAGGAGGAGGAGUCUCCAUCCUCCAGCUGUCUGUCCAUGAAGAGUGAUCGGUCCAAAGAAUAUCCUCCACAACUCAGUGAAGAACCUGGACCCUCAGACACAAAAAGGAUGAAGAGGAGUGGGGUUUGUGUGGAGGAGCAGCCGUCCUGCUGUGCUCGGUGUCAGGACGUCCUGAAGGAUCCAGUCUCUAGCAGCUGUGGACACUGGUUCUGCAGACAGUGCAUCAGCUCAGACUGGGACCAGUCUGCUCCAUCAGGACACUCCUCCUGUCCCCAGUGUGGAGAAAGAUCCAGAAGCAGCAGCUGUGGACAAAGUGUUGGUCUGCAGGAGGUUCUGCAGGAACAUAAGAUGAGUCUGAGGAGGAGAUGUGAACAUGUGACUGAAGGAAGUGAUGAAGCAGGAGGUGGAACCCUCCUCAACAGGAUCUACACUGAGCUCUACAUCACAGAGGGACACAGUGGAGAGGCUGAUGUCCAACAUGAGGUGGAGCAGCUGGAGACAGCUUCCAAGAAGAGCCUCCAUGACACUCCCAUCAGGUGCCAGGACAUCUUUAAAGCCUUACCUGAGCAGCAGAGAGCCAUCAGAGUGGUCCUGACCAACGGCGUGGCCGGCGUGGGAAAAACCUUCUCGGUGCUGAAGUUCACUCUGGACUGGGCAGAGGGCGGAGAAAACCAAGACGUCAGUGUGGUGGUGGUGCUUCCGUUCAGGGAGCUGAACUUGAUCAGAGAUGAGCAGCACAGUCUUCUCACGCUGCUCCAUGUUUUCCAUCCAACAUUACAGAAGGUGACGGCAGAGCAGCUGGCUGUCUGUAAACUUUUGUUCAUCUUUGACGGUCUGGAUGAAAGCAGACUUUCACUGGAUUUCACCAACAGGAAGUUUGUGUCUGACGUCAGCCAGAAGUCAUCGCUGGACGUUCUGCUGGUCAACCUCAUGGAGGGGAAUCUGCUUCCCUCGGCUCUGGUCUGGAUCACUUCCCGCCCUGCGGCAGCCAAUCAGAUCCCUCCUAAAUAUGUGGACAGGUUAACAGAAGUACGAGGCUUCACCGACGUCCAGAAGGAGGAGUACUUCAGGAGGAGGAUCAGUGAUGAAGAGCGCUCCAGAACAAUCAUCUCCCACAUGAAGACAUCCAGGAACCUCCACAUCAUGUGUCGACUCCCAGUGUUCUGCUGGAUCACUGCUGCAGUUCUGGAGCACAUGUUGACCACAGAGCAGAGAGGAGAGCUGCCCAAGACCAUGACUGACAUGUUCUCACACUUCCUGCUGGUUCAGACACAGAGGAAGAAGAAGAAGUACCAUGAGGGAUCUGAGACGAGUCCACAGGAGCUGACGGAGGCUGACAGGGAAGUUCUUCUGAAGCUGGGGAGGCUGGCCUUUGAACAUCUGGAGAAAGGAAACAUCAUGUUCUACCAAGAAGACCUGCAGCAGUGUGGUCUGGAUGUGACAGAGGCCUCGGUGUUGUCAGGAGUUUGUACCCAGAUCUUCAGGAGAGAGUGUGAGAUGUUCCAGAAACCAGUCUACUGCUUUGUUCAUCUGAGCGUUCAGGAGUUUCUGGCUGCAGUCUACAUGUUCCACUGUCACACCAACAACAACAAGGAGGUGCUCAAGAAAUUCCUGGGAAAAAAAUCCAGUAACCCACCCCUGGAUGUUUUCCUGGACAGUGUCAUGAAGAAAUGCCUCCUCAGUAGAAAUGGUCACCUGGACCUGUUUGUUCGUUUCCUUCAUGGCCUCUGUCUGGAGUCCAACCAGAGACUCCUAGGAGGUCUGCUGGGUCUGACAGAGAUCCGUCCAGAAAUGAUCCAGAGAGUCAUUAACAACCUGAAGAAGAAGAAGAUUAACAGAUAUCCAGACAGAUGCAUCAACAUGUUCCACUGUCUGAUGGAGAUGAAGGAUCUCUCAGUCCAUCAGGAGAUCCAAGAGUUCCUGCAGUCAGAGGACAGAUCAAAAAAUAAACUCUCUGAUAUCCACUGCUCAGCUCUGGCCUACAUGCUGCAGAUGUCAGAGGAGGUUCUGGAUGAGUUGGACCUGAACAAGUACAACACUACAAAGCAGGGACGACUGAGACUGAUUCCAGCUGUGAGGAACUGCAGAAAGGCUCGACUAACUGAUUGUGACCUCUCAGAGGCUCACUGUGAAAUUGUGGCCUCAGUUCUGAAGUCCAACCCAUCCCAUCUGACAAAGCUGGACCUGAAUAGAAGCUCCAUGUCAGACUGUGGGGUGGAGGUUCUGUGUUCUGGACUGGAGAGUCCAAACUGUAGACUGGAGAGUCUGAGUUUCUGGCUCUGCAAGUUGUCUCAGAGCAGCUGUGAUUCUGUGCUCUCAGCUCUGAAGUCCAACCCGUCCCGUCUGACAAAUCUGGACCUGAGCUACAACUAUCUGCCGGAUUCAGUGGUGCAGCAGCUCUGUGAUUUUCUACAAAGUCCACACUGUAAACUGGACACUCUUGGACUGAUUUGCUGCACUUUGUCAGAGACCAGCUUUGCUUCUGUGGUCUCAGCUCUGAAGUCCAACCCCUCCCGUAUGAAACAUCUGGACCUGAGUAGGAACUACAUCAUGAAGGAUUCAGGAGUGAAGCAGCUCUGUGGUUUUCUGGAGAGUCCAGACUGCAGACUGGAGACUCUGAAAUUAUGUCAGUGCGUUUUGUCGGAGGCCAGCUGUGAUUCUCUGAGUUCAGCUCUGAAGACCAACCCCUCCCACCUGAAAGAGCUGGACCUGAGCUGCAACUACCUGAAGGAAUCGGAGGUGCAGCCGCUGUCUGAUCUUGUGGAGAGUCCAGACUGCAGCCUGGAGACUCUGAGAUGGAGGUCAUAUUAAAGAAGACAGUGUGUGCUGAGAGGAUGAACUGUGUCCUGAAGAUCCAGAUGUGAAGAAUGGAAUGGAGGAUGCACAAACUGAUAGAGAAGACAGAACUGUUACUGCAAAGACUGCUCCACACUCACAAAGCUUCUCCACCUCCAGUUUGUUGAGUCUUUUCAUUCUUUCACAUGUUCUGAAUCCAAAUGACCUGCAGAUUAGACCUGUUAGAUUCAAACACAAUGGCCACCGUGUCUGAUUAUUAUUCAGUCAGUCUGAAUGGAGGCAACAGGACAAUUUGUUCCUUCAUCACAGCUGGAUCAGUGUAAAUAUGUUUCUUUGGUUUUCUUCUCAUUGUAAAUAUUCCCAUUUCAUCAUGAUGCUCAUCAGCAGGGAGAGUUUGACUGUAUUUCUCCACAGUGCUGAUUUACUGCUUCAACAGACUGACUUGAUGAAAGAUUGAAGUCCUUCAGCAGGAUUUACUGACUGGACAUUUCAACAACAGUCAGUUUUAACACACUUAAUACAGUUUGUUUGUUUGUUCCCACAGAGUGAAUGAAGUGUUUUUAUUGCAGACAAUUGUUGAAAGCUGCAGAAGAACAGUGAUGUGACAGUUGAAGUGAAAAUCAACUCAGUUCAGUCUGCAGGUUUAUAAUAAAGUUCCAGGAAGCAGCAGUUUGAGCAGAAAUAAACCUGAGUGGAAACUGAA